UCCACCUGGCCAUGGAGCUGCCGGCGGCCGGCGAGGUGCGCAUGAGCCAGGCCAUCCUGCCGGCCCACACCAACGCCCGCAGCGAGCUGAGCGCGGGGCAGCUGCUCAAGUGGAUCGACACCACCGCCUGCCUGGCGGCUGAAAAACAUGCUGGAGUCUCCUGCGUUACAGCCUCAGUGGAUGACAUUCAGUUUGAGGAAACAGCUAGAGUUGGACAAGUUAUAACCAUCAUAGCAAAAGUUACCAGAGCAUUCAGCACAAGCAUGGAGAUCAGUAUCAAGGUCAUAGUACAGGACAUGCUCACUGGCAUUGAGAAACUUGUUAGUGUGGCUUUCUCAACAUUUGUAGCCAAACCAGUCGGAGGAGAAAAGAUUCGUUUAAAACCAGUCAUACUUAUAACUGAGCAGGAUCAUGUAGAAUAUAAUCUGGCUUCAGAGAGAAGAAAAGUUCGAUUACAACAUGAAGAAACCUUUAACAACUUAAUGAAGGAAAGUUGCAAGUUUGAAGAUCCCACUUGUAAUGGAGAGGAAGGAGCUGUCAUCACCAAGGGCACCUCUGUUCAGAGCAUUGAACUUGUCCUCCCGCCGCAUGCAAACCAUCAUGGAAACACAUUUGGUGGUCAGAUUAUGGCUUGGAUGGAGACGGUGGCUACUAUUUCUGCAAGCCGCCUGUGUCCGGUGCACCCCUUUCUGAAGUCUGUGGAUAUGUUUAAGUUCCGGGGACCAUCUACAGUUGGUGACCGUCUUGUCUUCAGUGCCACUGUCAACAAUACCUUUCAGACCAAUGUUGAAGUCGGAGUGCGCGUGGAGGCCUUUGACUGUCGGGAGUGGGCUGAGGGCCGAGGCCGUCACAUCAACAGCGCGUUUCUCAUUUAUAAUGCUGUUGAUGAUCGGGAAGAACUCAUCACCUUUCCCAGAGUCAAACCCAUUUCGAAGGAUGAUUUUCGACGGUAUCAGGGAGCUAUUGCACGCAAGAGAAUUCGCCUAGGCAGGAAAUAUGUUAUUUCCCACAAAGAAGAGGCUCCACUGUGUGUAUACUGGGAUACAAGCAAGCAGGCAUCCCUGAGUAAUGACAAUGUGGAGGCUCUCAAAAAUCUGGCGGCCAAAAGUGGUUGGGAGAUUACCAGUGCUUUGGAAAAGAUAAAAAUAUAUACUCUGGAAGAGAAAGAUGUUUUAUUCUUGUGGAUUGAAAAACACGUGAAAAGCCCAGCAUACUUGGCUUAUCAUCUCUUGUCUGACUAUACGAAGCGGCCUUUGUGGGACCCCCAUUACAUAUCCUGUGAAGUCAUAGACCGGGUGAGUAAUGAUGAUCAUCUCUAUCACAUCAUCUGUCCUAAUGUGAAUGGCAACAAACUCAAAGACUUUGUAGUACUUGUAUCACGAAGAAAGCCUCUCAAAGAUUGUAACGCCUACGUGGUGGCUGUGACGUCAGUCAUCCUGCCAUUAUUGCCCCCGUCUCCACAGUACAUCAGAAGUGAAACAGUGUGUGCUGGGUUCCUCAUCCAGGCUGUGGACAGCAAUUCGUGCAUGGUAUCUUAUCUUAGCCAGAUGUCAUCUAGUGUCCUUCCUUACUUUGCUGGAAAUAUUGGUGGCUGGUCAAAGUCCAUUGAAGAGACAGCAGCUUCUUGUAUACAAUUCAUAGAGAAUGCUACUGAUGAUAGACUUCUAAGUGAAGUUUAAAUGGUCAUCCUUCAAUUACCUAUAAUUUAAUUUCUCACUUUUUACUUCCAAGCACCCUUAAGCCUGACAUUUUGGCAGGUUUUGGAGUCACAAAAUGGUACAAUAUUAGCCUAAGCAAAAUGCAGUUAAGAGGAGGUUAAAAAAGAAACAAAAUGCAUCUCAAGUCUGAUUCCAGUGAUUUGGAUUACCUUAAAAAGAGCUUUAAAAUUCUGUCUUACAUGAUCCUUGGCUCUGCCUCUUCUAGGAGCACACAUACUAGAAAAUUGCCUGGAUGCAAUAUUGCACAUUCUGUAAAAUGGUACAAAUGUAGUUGAAAUUAGCAUAAACAUUUGAAGUUACAGAGGUGCAAUGUGUGUCCUGCUUGAAAGUUUAUAAAAUGUAAAAUG